AUGCCGUAUGAGAUAUGUGUCAAGAAUCGGCAGCAGAACAUCUUGCUCUUGACGGUUGAGGAGACAGACACAAUCCAUGAUCUGAAACAGGACGUGAAGGCCAGGGUGGGCGACGCCGAGGAGCCUUUGUUUUUCAAUGGUGUGGAGCUCUUGGAUGAGGAAGCAACCCUCUUGGAGUACAACAUCGUUCCGGACGAGUGUCCUGGAGGCCCCAUUGUGCACUUGGGAGGCUGCGCAGCCUUUGACCUCGAGUGCGAGCUCCCUUCGGGACGACAGCUCAGGGAGAGCGUCACGGGUGACACCACCGUAGCGCAGCUGAAAGGCCGGAUCACUUCCGAGGCAGGCAUACCCUACCUUUGCAUGAAGCUCCUCGCGGGCGAUCUCGAACUUCGGGACCCGGUGUGUCUUCGGCACUACGAUCUGGCAGGGCUGGGUCUGAGAGUCGUGACGACCCGGCGGCUCUACGCCGGCCCAGCGGCUUAG